UUACUCUCUGAGAGCUGAUUUGGCCAACGAGCGAGCGAGAUUCGAGCUCUCGAUUUCUGCUUCAGAAGUUCAAGCUCUCGCUGCAGCUGCGCUUCAACUUCCAGCGUCAUGGAAGCUCUCGUGGGUCACGGAGGAGCGACGGUACAACUCCGGGGAAGGCCGAGGACUGCGAGACAUUUUGAAUGCUCUUCACAUUUGCUCUCGAGAAAUAGAUUUCAACAAUUUAACAUCCUCAGAUUCUCGCCCGCGCCAUUUAUCGGAUCCUUAUCAUCAAUCGAGGUAAAGAAUCUCUUACCAGCUCAAGGAGAUGGGGUCAGGAGAUUGGAGAGUGUGAGAGUUUUUGCGCAAGUCGGAGAGGAGACCGAGAGCACGCAGGAGAACGCAAGUACCCGAGAAGAAUCGAAUGUUAAGGCCAAAGGAUUUGGAGCUCCUAAACCCGUGACAGAGAAAAAGAAAACUUCAUCGUCCGCUCCUUCGUCAAACACUCGACGGGCUCCUCCGCAGCAACCUCUGCUGGGAAAUCAAGUGGAUGAGGAAACCAAGCAGUUCGAAACGGGCGCGGUUGCGGCCCUGGUUUUCGUGUUUUCUCUCAUCAUUCUCGAGGGCAUCGGUCUGGCUGCUUCAGGUUUUCUACCCCAGGAGUGGGAUGAAUUUAUGAUCAAGGUGAUAUAUCCCAUCUUUACCCCGACUGUAGGAGUAUUUCUUGGAGGUGCGGCUGCUUAUGGUGUUUGGAAGUAUUUGGGAGGUGGUGAGAAGAAAGGACCAAGCAAAUAAGGGAACAACUUCUUCCAUGUUCAGUAGAGAAAUUUCAUUAAACAUUGAAUUCAGGUGUAAACAGCCCUGGAAGCCCAUGUGAUAGUUGGAGAAUCGGAACCUCAGAUGUACCAUACUGAGAGAGAGAGAGAGAGAAUGAGUAGCGUCGUCGUGGCCUCACGUGCUCAGAUGCUUUUCGUUGAUCUGUACUGAGCUAGAUUGCAGGAAAUUCUCUGGCAUUUUCGCCAUUUGGUUCUAGAAGCUAUACCAAGUCCAUGUAUACCAAUGUACUUAUAAAAUUUGUGACACUGCAUUUAG